AUGGUCGCCCCUUCCUCGUCGCUGCACUCGGCCGCAUCCCGCUUCGUGCACAACGAUUGCGCGCUUCCGCUCUUCUGCGAAUCGUACACGCGCAACAAUAAGAACACGGGGCAUAAGAACCUCCGCUGCUUCCCGCACUGCUGCGGGUCGCACCGCCCCAACUCGUUCUGCGGCAUGUCGGUCGUCGUCGAGCACGCGGCGCGCCCCGACACGGCCGACCGCGUCGUGAGCUACAGCCGCUUUGAG